AGGACGAUGAAGAACCCAAAGCGCAAACAAAAACAGAGUAUCUAAAAAGGGUUCUGAUUAGGGUUUUUUUUAAUUAUUUUUCACGAAAUUUUCGUUCUGUACUUGCAGGUACUCUGCAGCACCACAUUGUUGAAGCCAGAGAAAUUAGAAUCACUUGAGCGCUUUUUUGUGCAAUUCUGUUGACUGGCAACCAAGUAGAAGCACAAGAGAUUUGGAACAUUUUUGGGCUUUUCCAGGAUAUGACAAUGAAGCCAUCGAAUAACAUCUGGAUUCGACGCCAACAGUGUUCAUGUGGAGAUUGGAAGUGUUAUAUCAAGUUUGAAGGAGAUGAUCAAACUUCAGCAAGCUCUCAGCUAGUAAAGAGUGAAGCAAUGCCAUCUUCGUCAUUAUUGGAAGCAGUCUUUACUCCUUACGUGGGUCAAAUUUUCAAAAGUGAUGAUGAUGCUUUCGAAUACUAUAGCAAUUUUGCCCGAAAGAAUGGGUUUUCAAUUCGAAAAGCUCGUUCAACUGAAAGCCAAAAUUUAGGGGUAUAUAGGCGAGAUUUUGUUUGUUAUCGGUCAGGGUUUAACCAACCAAGAAAAAAAGCCAAUGUGGAGCAUCCAAGGGAGCGCAAAUCAGUACGAUGUGGAUGUGAUGCAAAAUUGUAUUUAACAAAGGAAAUUGUAGAUGGUGUUACUCAAUGGUAUGUUUCACAAUUUAGUAAUGUUCAUAACCAUGAAUUGUUGGAAGAUGACCAAGUCCGCCUGCUUCCUGCUUAUCGGAAAAUUCAGGAGGCUGAUCAAGAACGCAUUCUUUUACUCUCCAAAGCUGGGUUUCCUGUGAACCGGAUAGUGAAAGUGCUGGAAUUAGAAAAGGGAGUUCAACCUGGACAGUUGCCCUUCAUAGAGAAGGAUGUUAGAAAUUUUGUUCGGACUUGUAAAAAGACCGUACAAGAAAAUGAUGCUUUGCUUACUGAGAAAAGGGAGAAUGAUACACUGGAACUUGUUGAGGUCUGCAAGGCCAUGGUGGAGAGGGAUCCAGACUUUGUAUACGAUUGCACUACAGAUGAAAAUGGUAAGGUUGAAAGUAUUGCAUGGUCAUAUGGUGACUCUGUUCGUGCAUAUUCAGUAUUUGGUGAUGUGGUUACUUUUGAUACAACAUAUCGUUCUAUCACCUAUGGAUUGCUCCUUGGAGUGUGGUUUGGUAUAGAUAACAAUGGCAAGGCAAUUUUCUUUGGAUGUGUUUUGCUACAAGAAGAAAAUUCUCGUUCAUUUACAUGGGCUUUACAGACUUUUGUUCGAUUUAUGGGAGGACAACACCCACAAACUAUUUUAACUGAUAUAGAUUCGGGGCUUGGAGAUGCGAUAGCAAGGGAGUUACCAAAUACUAAACAUGUGAUAUGUAUAUGGCAUAUUCUGUCCAAAUUAUCCAGCUGGUUCUCUUUGCCUCUGGGAUCACAGUAUGCAGAUUUCAAAGCUGACUUUGAUGUGUUGUGUCAUCUGGAGAGUGUUGAAGAUUUUGAACAUCAAUGGAAUCUUUUGGUUGCUCGGUUUGGACUUGUUUCAGAUAAGCAUAUAGCUUUACUGUUUUUAUAUCGAGCAUCCUGGCCACUUUCCUUCAUUCGAAGUUGCUUUGUGGCUCGUAUGUUAACAGCUGAGUUUUCACAAUCUCUGGACUCUUUCUUGAAGAGAAUCUUGAAUGCACAGACGUGUUUGCAAGCAUUCUUCGAGCAGGUCAGAAUUGCUACCAACCUUCAAAAUCAAACCAGAGAAGGAAUGCAGUAUAUGCAUAUCAGGACGUGCAUGCCUAUUGAAGAACAUGCACGGAGCAUUCUUACACCUUAUUCUUUUAAUGUGUUGCAACAUGAAAUUGUGCUGUCCUUGCAAUAUGGAACAACAGAAAUGACAAAUGGAUCUCAUCUUGUGAGACACUACAGGAAAAUGGAUGGAGACUUUCUGGUUAUAUGGAUACCAGAAGAUGAGCAAAUUCACUGUUCCUGCAAGGAAUAUGAACAUUCUGGAAUACUAUGCAGGCAUUCUCUCCGAGUUCUCACCCUGAAGAACUACUUUGAACUCCCAGAAAAAUAUUUUCUGCAUCGUUGGCGAUCAGAGACUUUGUCAGCGCCUAUGGAUGAUCAAAAUGCUCAAAUCAGAAGUAAUGACUGUGCUCAAACUUUUCAUUCUCUUGCCGAAACUAUAUUGACAGAGUCAUUGAUCUCCAAGGAACGGUUUGAUUAUGUUCAUAGAGAACUUACAGGGCUCCUUGAGCAUAUUAGAAAUAUGCCAGUUAUUGAUGAAUUUGCUUUGAAUACGGCACCUAACAAUGUCAGUGAAUAGAUUUGUUGGGUUUAGCAAAUAGUAAAAAAUGAGUGCUUCACUUGGGCCCCGAUUCGUUUAGAGAUAUAGGUUUGUUGGAAGAUGAAAGCAGACAAUGUGGAAGGAACCAAAAAGUGGUUACUGACAUUUAUAAGCUCAUCCUUUGAUAGUAAAAGACAAUAGAGCAAGGGAAGUACAGAUUUUUUUUUUGUAAAAAUGUAAAAUUGUUAUUUUUAAGUAACUUCUUUCAGAAGGGUGAACCGUGAAGGAGGUGUUACCCCAUCCAUGAGAUUUUUACCCAACUUGGAAGUGAUGUUCUAGUUUAUAACUUGUUCGUGCAGGCUUACCUUUCAUAAUUCUUGGUUUAAUAUUUCUUUCUCUGCCGCAAAGUACAUCCCGUUUGUAUUGUUGUUAAUUUUAUACGUGUGAGUUCAUCACUUGUUACUAAGGCUUCA